AUGUACAUUUUAAACAAGAAGUUGCAGUUGCUAAAAGGAAAACUCAGAAUUUGGAAUAAAGAACAUUUUGAAAAUGUGCACCAUAAUGUCUGCAGUAAGCAUGAUUUUCUCAAGAACAUCCAAGACAAAAUUCAGUUGGAAGGGUUGAAUGAGAUCCUGUCUUUUCAGGAAAACCAGGCUCAGGCAGAUUUGAAAAAGGCUUUGGAUGUGGAGGAAAUUUUCUGGCAUGAAAAAUUCAUAUUAGCUUGGAAUUUACACGAAGAUAAAAAUACCUGUUAUUAUCACUUUUUGGUAAAAAUCAAGAGUGCGAGGAACAUUAUAUCUCAUUUGGUGAUCGAGGACACCGUUAUUUAUGAUCAAAUUGACAUCUUCAAUCAUGUCACUUCCUAUUUCGCUAAUUUGUUUGGUGUUGUAGGCACAUGUACCUCUUUUUCCAAUAUGGAGAAUAUUAUACCUAAUCUGGUUACUGAACAGAUGAAUCUUAUGCUCACUGCUAGCCCUUAUGUUGAGGAAAUCAUAAACGCGGUUUUUAAUCUUAGCGCUGACAACUCUCUGGGUCCCGACAGGUUCAGAUGCUAUUUCUUUCAACACUACUGA